CCCUGCCUUCAGUUCUCAGCUGGAGCAAGUGACAGCAGCUUCAAGAAAGUAAAAGCACUGUUAAAGUGUUUGUGUUUCGGUGAAUUAGCCCCAUUAAAGCGGGACACUUGACCACCUGUGAACCAUGGAAGACGACGCGUCCCAUGCCGAGCUCAGCGGGAGCAUCACCGGCAGCACCCACACCAUCCCUCAGCAGCAGCAGCCCGAAAACUCGGAGCUCGUCAUUACCCCGUCUUCCGCCCCGUCUUCCCCGACCCCGACAGGCACCCUCUCCCGGAUGGGCUUCAAACUCCCGACCAGCCCGACCGCGGCGGCGCCGGGCAGCCCCACCAGCCAGGUGAGCGCCAUCACGGUGGUGGCGCUGCUGGACAAGCUGGUGAACAUGAUGGAGGCGGUGCAGGAGAACCAGCAGCGGAUGGAGAAGCGGCAGGCCGACCUCGAGGGCGCCGUGCGGACCGUGCAGGGGGACGUCACGCGCCUGUCCAAAACCCACAUCGGCACUUCCAACAGCGUCAGCAAGCUGCUGGAGCGCUCGCGCAAAGUUAGCGGGCACCUGAAGGAUGUGAGCACGCGCUUAGAUAGACAGGCCGUGCAAGUGAAGAAGCUGGAGGCGAACCACAGCCACCUGCUUAAGAGGAACCACUUUAAAGUGCUCAUCUUCCAGGAAGACAAUGAGAUUCCUGCCAGUGUGCUAGUCAAGGACUCCCUGAAGACACCACAACCAAGCCAGUAUGAUGCAGAAUCCAUCCUUCCUGCUCCGUCUGUUACCGGCUCUGUUGAUGGCAGCCGUGCCCACGAGGAGGGUCUUCAUACCAUUAGCCUGUCCUCCGAUGAAGAUGAUGGUCUUCCAGCACACCCAGAGGAGGGCGAGAUGUUUGAGUGCGAGGGUCCAAUCAGUCCGGGCACAUCCCACGCAUUUGAGAGAAGGGCUGACAAGUUCAAGCGCAAUAGCCUGAAGAAGGUCGACAGUCUCAAGAAGGCCUUCUCGCGCCAGAGCAUCGAGAAAAAGGUGAACCAGUUCACCGACAAGAUUGUGCCACCAGAGAAGCGUGAGAAACUCAAGAAGAGCCUCACCCCUAACCAUCCCAAGAGCCCGACUGCCAAAUCCUCUUCUUUCAAGGUAUCUCCCAUGACCUUCAACGUCAAGAAAGUCAGAGAUGGUGAGGACCCCCCACGUGACAUGAGUUUACCUGGGGCGGAAGCCCAUGUUGAGAUUCCUGCUCUGGGAAGCUUAGAUGGGGAAAUUCCUUUGGCGGAGGUGCAUACCCAGGAAGGUGUUGUGGAGCAGAUACAAGAGAUGCUGAGUCCCUCCACCCCAGAGAGCAUGAAGGCAGAGCUGGCAAUCAAUGGAGAGGCACCAAGCAUUGAGUGUGAGAUCAAUGGCAAUCGUUCUGCUGGCCUGGCAGUUCCAGAGGUUAUAGAUGUUGGCGAGGAGGAAGAAGAGGAAGAGGAAGAAGAUGAGAAACAUAAAAUCGCUGUUGAGAAAGUAGCAGAAGCCCAGAUUUCCUCAGCAACAGUUACUAUUGAGCAAGUGUCCUAAUAUGGUUUAAUUUUAAGCAUCAAUUCAGGUUUCCUGUUGUUUCUUUUCUUGAAUGAAUACCCAGCAGGCACAAAUUAUCCCUCCCUUCUCAAUAGUCUUUUGCUCUAUUCAUUAAGACCCAUAUGUAUACACUAGAAACAUACUCUCAGCUUCUUAAGGUAGUCCAUCCUUGGACCAUUCCCUCAACACUAUAUUUUAAUAUCAUCAGAAUAGUCUCAAAGCUUUGACUCAGACUGUACACGCAACUAGGUUAACACCAAGACCUCACAGCAUAUUGGAAUCCUGUGUGAGUGCUUCCUUAACCCUGUAGCAGGGUUGUCCAAAGAAAGCAUCAACACACCAUAACUCACUCCCAACUACCAGAGCCCACCUCUUCAAUAGCAGCACAUCUCCAGGGCUCUGGGCCAACUAUCUCCCUCCUGCUGGGUUUGUCUGCCUCUGGAGCGCUCUUCCUCACUGACAAAUAGCCUCUUUGUUCUUUGUGUUUCUUUGUGAAAAAUAGUAAAUCUCUGGCAACAGUGGUAGUGCCCACAGCCUUUUGAGGCAGUGUGUUGCCAGGUUGUGCAAGAAUUGGAAUGGGAAGUUUCAGGGUUUUCAGUGAAAAGGUCCUGGGGUGUUUUGUAGUGAACUAGAGGUUGUUGACUAAAUUCUUUGGACCUGUGCUGAAAAAGCUCAGAUCUUGACUAACAGGUGACUAUACUUCAGUAGUGCGAGUGGCACUGUCUUGUCUGCUGUCUUUCACCUGCACUCAGCGAGAUCCAAUUCUUGAUUUUAGACUUUAUCAUUGAUUAAGUACCUACAACACCACAUGCAUACUAGUGGUACAUUAAAACUAAUUUGUGAUUUCCAAUUCAGCAAGUAACUUCAGCAAGUGAAUCUCCAGGGGCUGAAAAUUAAAUUCAUAGCAUUUGAAAUCAUCUAAAUGUUCUUGCAAAUCACACCAAUCAACAAAGAUAAAAGAUAAAGUUACUGUAUUUGCAAAUAACAGUUAAUAUGUUUGUGCUAAAUUACACUGAUGCAAAUGAAGGACAUCGUUGCGGGAUAGAAGCUAGUCUAGAUGCCUAGAUAAGUGCAUUAGUGGUGAAAGAACCCUAGAGGUUUUAAUACUGACAUACUAAAUGUGCCUCUUAUAGCCUUAUGUCUUUUCAGCAGGGCAACUUUGUAUGUUUAUGUACAGGAAUUAUUUUUUCUAUGUCAGCCACACAACUCUAUAGGUAUUUAGGUAUCUUAUUCCCCACAAAAUUAUAAUUUUAUGAUAACUGCCUUGAGUGUGUGUAAUUUAUACAGUAAAGUUGUAUCUGUGAAUUGAUUUUGAGUUACUAUAUGAUAUUCAGGUGCUUGUAAGUUUUUCUUCCAGGCAUCGGUAACUUGCAAGGUGAAAUGUUUACUCAGCUUCAUAUGUUUAAGACCUAAACACUAUCCUGUACAUUUGCCAGGGCACCAUUACUCAAUCUCCUCCUCCUAGAUACACACACAUGCUCCCAUAGUGCCUUUACCUUGCACAGGCUGGUAUUAGUAAUUGCAGUCCUGCAGGGAUGUGUUUUUGUUGAUAAGCGUGAUAGUAAAACAUGCCUGAUGUUUUCUUCUUUUGAGGAAUUCCUUACAGCUAUCACUUUAUGGGGCAUAAAUAGUCAAGGCUUGAUACCAACCCUAUAAAACAUGAGGACGCUUAAGUUCGAAGGAGGUGCAAACACAGCUUCAUGUUUUGAAGUCAUGCCUGAAAGUUUCAUAAAUUAACCUUUCUCUUGUUGCCCAUCGUUAGUACAGCACCAGCCUUGGUUACAAAUCUCUAAUGCCAUGACUCCCUAAAAAUAAUUGAGAAAGUAUUUCCAGGUGCCAAGGAUCCAGAUACUAGAGAGGUCACAGAAAUGGAUAAAGGCAGAGGACAGCAUUCCUAGCUUUGACGGAUGACUCCUGCUCAGCCCAUUUUUCAUGCCCUUGGCCUCCUUGUUGAGACAGUGCAACGAGAGGAAGGCGCUCUCUGGAGCCACAGGUGUUGUGGCCCCUGGGCAUGAGUUUGUAGCAGAAAGAGGACAAGUGUGGGUGUCGGGAUGUGUGGUAAAGGACUUAAGUUGUUGGAAAGGAUGAUGACGUUGCCUUGGGAUUAGGUGCAUGUAUGUGAAAUUGUGAGUCUAAAAUGCGUUAGACCUUGGGAGCUGAAAUACAAUCGCAAUAUCUGGCAGUGCACGAUUCUAUUACCUAUACCCCACUACAUCCAUUAUACUUUUUAAAAAAAAUUGAUUCUUUACUUAUUAAAAUCAAAAUAUCUCCCUAAAUAUUUUCGAUUUUGUAACUAUGCAAAAAAGUCAUACUUUAUUGAGGUCUGCUACACACAAGAGAAAAGUAGUGCACGUCAACUAGCUGGCGCAUUUUCAUCUUGACCUAAAGCCUUUGAGGUGCUUAAUGCUUUACAAGAAUUAACCUGCCAGUUUUCUCAUUGGGAUCUGUGAGCAGAAACACAAAUAUACAAAUAUAAAUGAUUUUAAAGAACGUGUUACCUGUGUUUGUUAAAUGUGUUUAGUCAUUCUGAGAUUUGUUUUUCUUUUGAAUUCUUCUAUGUAUAAAUCAUCUAACUGAAAAGGGAUCGAACACUAGGCUUAUGUGUACAUUCUUUCCUGUAGAGGUUAAAAUGUGACUUGCUUUGAGGUAUUUUCUGCUCAUUCAUGCAAAUGUGUUGCAUUGGUGAUAUCUCUCUUUGCUAAUGAUGAAAUGUUAUAUCUAAAUUUGUGUAUUGCGUAAGUGUUUGUUUUUAUUUGUCUUGAAAUCAGAUUGUUUAUUCUGGACCAUAUGUGAGAUUUUUUUGUUUUGUUUUGUUAGAAAGUUCAACCACCAGAUAUCUACAGCAUUUGUCAUAGAUAUCAUAUGUUUAACAUUGUCUUUGUUCAUAUUGUUCUUACUUAAUAGCCUGUUCGGUUAGUUAACCACUUAAACCAAAGAGGUUCCUUCACAGCAGAAGAUUCCCUGCCACCCGAGUGUUGAGCAUCCUGUAAACAUGGAGGCAUUUCCAUUCAGAAUUUAGUAUUGUAUACAUCAAUAAAGAUUUUAUAACAUUCAAA